AUGGAUCGCAUAACAAAAUUGGCAACGCAAAAGGCAGUGGUGAUCUUCAGCAAGAGCUCAUGUGGGAUGAGCCAUGCAAUUAAGAGGCUGUUUUAUGAGCAAGGUGUGGGCCCUGCAAUCUAUGAGUUAGAUGAAGACUCAAGAGGGAAGGAAAUAGAAUGGGCUCUGUUGAGAUUAGGGUGCAACCCUUCUGUUCCUGCAGUGUUCAUUGGUGGCAAGUUUGUGGGUUCAGCCAACACAGUCAUGACCCUUCACCUCAAUGGCUCACUCAAGAAAAUGCUCAGAGAUGCUGGUGCUCUAUGGCUUUAG